AUGGAUAGGUGCAAUGCUAACUUAUUCAACCCCACUUAUCUCCUCAAUAUUGCUCACUAUUUGCUCCUUUUCUCUUUGGCCUCUUCAUGUCUACACCUUACUGAGCUUCGUUUGGUUGAUGGAUGCCUCCGGGAAGAGAUGCAAGCACUUCUUAGAUUUAAACAACAUCUUACCGAUCCCUCCGGUAGGCUCUCUUCUUGGGUUGGCCAUAAUUGCUGCCACUGGAAAGGAGUUUCAUGCGACAACCGCAGUCGUCGUGUUAGAAAGAUUGACCUCCGUAACACAUUUGAAGAUCGCUUGUUUGAUGAUUACGCUGAUGAUUAUGGUGAAGAGUGGGACGAGGCAGCUUAUGAAGAGUCUUGCUUGGGAGGUAAGAUAACUUCAUCUUUGCUCAGCUUCAAGCAUUUAAGCUACCUAGACCUGAGUGACAAUAACUUGCCAGGGAUUAGCCUUCUUUGCCAACUUCAAAGUUUGAGAUAUCUCAACAUCUCAUUUGCAUCAUCUGAUGGAGUGAUUCACAAUUGUUUUUUCAAUCUUACCAACCUCAAAAAACUUGAUCUAAGUGGCAUUUCUUUCAGUGGUCAUUUUCCAAGCGAACUCGCAGGCCUCGAAUCUUUGGAACACCUUGAUUUGUCUCAUAAUUAUCUGAAAGGUAAAAUUCCCAAACUCAUUGGAAACUUUUGCAAUCUAAAGUUCUUAAGUCUCGAGGACAACACAUUAGAUGGGGGGAUUCAAGAGCUUUUGAGUGGUUUCUCAAAUUGUACCAAUAAUAGACUAGAGUCACUAGAUUUGUCUAUUAAUGAGUUUGUAACAGAAUUACCUGCCUCCUUAGGAGUGCUAACAAAAUUGCAGCAUCUUCACCUUGAAGGCAACUCAUUUUGGGGAUCAAUACCAACUUCUGUUGGAAACUUGUCAUCCUUGAAAACUCUAAACCUUCGAGGUAACAACAUGAAUGGGGCCAUUCCUGAAAGUUUUGGGCAACUUUCUGAGCUAGUUGACCUGGGUUUGUCUCAGAAUUCAUGGAAAGGCAUUGUAACAGAAACACAUUUGAUGAAUCUCACUAGAUUGCGACAUCUCGAUGUGUCCACAGACCAACCUAUGUCACUAAUUUUCAGUGUGGCUUAUGAAUGGGUUCCUCCUUUCAAGCUCUACACAAUUGACAUUACCAAUUGUAGUGUUGGUCCUGCUUUUUCUGUAUGGCUUCAAUGGCAGACCGAACUAUCUGAUGUCACCCUUCACAACACUGGAGUCUCAGAAUCUAUACCAGAAGAAUGCCUCUCUUUGCAACAUGCAAAACUUGUCAAUGCUCUCCCUAUGGAGGAACCAGUUAAGUGGAGACUUCCCUCAAGCAUGGAGUCUGUGGCACAAUAUAAGGGUAGUACAUGUGGCAGUAUUGAUCUUGGAGACAACAAAUUUACUGGAAGUGUUCCUUGGUGGAUUGGAUCAAACUUGUCCAUGUUGUCUACCCUACGAUUGCGAUCCAACGUGUUAAGUGGACAUAUCCCCCACCAGUUGUGCUAUCUUCCCUACCUUCACAUCCUAGACCUUGGUGAUAACAACUUUUCAGGGACAAUUCCCAAGUGUUUGAAGAAUUUGACUGCUCUGACCGUUUUUCCAUACAAUAAUUAUACCAUGCCUACAUAUUAUGAUGUUCAAACCUCAGUUGUGUCGAAAGGAAGUGAACUCGUUUAUUACAGGACGGCUUUGGAAUGGGUAUAUAGCAUUGAUCUUUCAUCAAAUAAUUUAGAAGGUGAAAUCCCUGAAGAAAUAACCAGCCUCAUGUCAUUAGGGACCUUGAACUUGUCAAGAAAUCAAUUAAGGGGAAGAAUUCCCCAAAAGAUUAUAAAUUUACGAUGGUUGGAAACUCUUGACCUCUCACACAAUCACCUUUGUGGACAAAUUCCUCAGAGUUUCUCCUCAUUGACAUUCUUGUCUCACGUGAACUUGUCUUAUAACAACUUGACUGGAAGAAUUCCUUUGGGCAACCAACUCCAGACGCUCGAUGACUCAUCCAUUUAUGGGGGCAAUCCAUCACUCUGCGGCCUUCCUCUUUUAACCAAGUGUCCGGGAGACGACACACCUAAUAGACUACCUUUUCCUUCUAGUGGGGCAGGAGAAAACAAAAAUGAAGGUGAUGAAGGAAUGCUUUGGUUCUGA